AUGGCAAAUUUCAAAUGGACAAAAAUCAUUGAAACAAACAUUGUUGUGAUGAAAGCAGUCGGAAUGUGGCCAGAAAAAUCAUUUUUCACCUGGGAUUUUUACAACAUAUUCUUUUAUUUCAUGGUGACAUUUUUGUUAGUAAUUCACGUUUUGCUCCAAACAAUACAAAUGGUUCGAAUCAUCGACGAUUUUAGACUCUUUCAAGCAGCAUUUUCUCUAGCAUUGCAACAAUAUAACGUCCUUAUAAAACUCUUAUACUAUAUCGUGAAAUUUCCUAAACUGAAAAAAUUUUUUCAUGUACUAAACAACUAUCAGGUGUUUCAGCCGCAUAAUCAUGAUCAAGAAAAGAUGUUGGAAAGUAAAUUAAGUGCCAUGAAAAAAUAUUACAUUUUUUUGUUUUAUUUUAUGACGUUUAUUGCGGUCAGUAGUUUGAUUUUGUACCCAAUUUUCGAUAAUUUAAACAGUGGUGAACGUGAACUUCUUCUCAUUUGUUGGUUCCCAUACGAUUACAAGACUUCUCCUUACUACCAACUCACAUACUUCUACCAAUCAGUUUCGAUAACGUUUGCAGUGUUUAUUGUUCUUCAAAUUGACACCCUUGCUUUACUUUUAAUGACUUAUAUUGGACUUCAGUGUGAUUUAUUGUGUGAUAAUUUUCGACAACUUGGGUAUGAGUCGUCUAAAAAUAGUAAUAUUGAAAGUGGAUUUGUAAAUUGCAUUAAGCAUCAUCAGAAUUUAAUCAAAUUGAGUAAUCACUGCGCUGACUUCACCUACAUGCUGAUCUUUGUCAUCGUAGCCACAAGUUCCAUUGCGAUUGGAGUCACUUUGUCUCAAGUGUUUUUAAAGGUCUCGUCUUUCAAUAUAAUUUUCCUUGUGGUUUACAUAUUAACCGUAAUAUUCCAAAUGUUUCAAUAUUGUUGGUUUGGCAGCGAAAUAAUGUACAAGAGCGACAAAAUCCCCUACUCAGCAUUUGAAAUGAAUUUCCUUGACGCUCCUCUAUCGACAAAGAAAAAUUUAGUAAUUUUCCUAACUUGCACUCAAAAGCCUAUACAAAUGCCGAUAUUAAAAGUGACUCAUCUCUCACUUCAAACUUUUAUGAAGGUACUUCAAACCGCUUGGUCUUAUUUCGCUCUACUUAUUCAACUCAGUAGAUAAAUAUGUGCAUUUAAAUAUUCACACAAACCGCGUGGACAUGGUCAAAGGCUUUAAUUUGCAUUUAGGUAUACAUCUUUAACUCUGUAGUAACUAGGAGAGGGUUAGUUUAGUUGAAAUAGAUAGUUGAGGUUUGAUCGAUAUAUUUAAAUAUCUACAUAUUACAUGGAAGAAUAAAUAUUUUACAUAGAUAAGAAACUUUAAAAAGAUAAAAUUAGAUUCAUGUUUGACAACUUAUACACUAUCUAGCUGCUUACGAGCAUUUCAAUUAAAAGAAUAAAACAUCACACCAGCAA